GUUGGCUUCCCGCGACACCAGCAUUGCCGCCCCAAACCUCCCGACCAACAAGCAUUUCAAUUUCACUUUACGCUUCGGUCAAGCACAUCUGCAUUUCUCUCUCGUGAUAUAUGAGCAGUCACAAUGCCUGAAGCCGUCACCACGCCCCAGAAGCGGGUUCUGGGCGAGGCAACGAACAAUCCUCGCAGCAGCGGUCUUAAGUCACCAACGGCGCUGAAGAAACGCAAGCUUGAAAAUGGACCUUCUUUCAGAAGCAGUCAGGGUACUCAGGCCCAGCGAAAGGUUCCCGGCUCGAGUCAACCACAGAAGAGCCAGUUCGAGGAGGAAGUUCUCGAGAAAUUGACCCAGGACAUGAAUGGGUUGAAGCAAAACAAUUCAGAAAAGGAUCAGCAGUGGGAGCGACCGCCGCUCGGUGUGUUCGAUGCUUCGAAGGAUAAUAUCUGUUUCCAACAGAUCGAUGCGGAAGAGGGUGCAAUCCACGGAGGGAAGACCGCGGUUCGUCUUUUUGGAGUCACCGAGGCCGGUCAAUCCGUCUUGCUUCAUGUCACUGGUUUCCAACACUAUCUAUAUAUUGCGGCGCCUGUCAACUUCACGAAAGAUGAUUGCGAGCCCUACCGAGCGUUCCUCGAAAGUCGGAUCGGACAGUUUCAACCCACAAUUCAGUCGGUACAAAUAACGAUGAGAGAAAACAUUUAUGGCUUCCAAGGCAAUCAGAAGAGCUACUACCUCAAGAUCACUGUCACAGAGCCCAAGCACAUCAGCAGAUUGCGGGGAGCUUUGGAGAGCGGAGGUGCGCAGAGUCUCAACUAUAAGGGACUCUGGAAUAACUCAGAAGGCGGUAUCCUCACAUUCGACAACAUCCAAUACCUCCUCCGCUUUAUGAUUGACGUGGACAUCUCGGGCAUGUCAUGGGUCGAGGCAAAGGCGGGAAAGUACCGGCUGUUCGGUCCUCGUGAGAAGAUAUCGAACUGCCAGAUUGAAGCGAGUAUAGAUUAUCGCGAUCUGAUCUCGCAUCAUCCGACCGGCGAGUGGGCUAAGAUGGCACCCCUUCGCAUCCUGUCUUUCGAUAUUGAAUGCGCCGGUCGUAAGGGAAUCUUCCCGGAACCGAAUCAGGACCCGGUCAUCCAAAUUGCGAAUGUUGUUACCCGCUACGGAGAGUCGAAGCCUUUCAUUCGCAAUGUUUUCGUCUUGGAUACAUGCAGUCUUAUCGUCAACACUCAGGUUUUGGAGUUCCAGGAUGAGUCCAAGAUGCUCAUGGCCUGGCGCGACUUUGUGGAGAAAGUAGAUCCAGACGUCAUCAUUGGAUAUAACAUAGCCAACUUCGACUUUCCAUAUCUUCUGGAUCGUGCCAAACAUCUGAAGUGUACUGGCUUUCCUUAUUGGACUCGACUCAAUGGCGUGGCGUCUCAAGCCAAGGAAACAAACUUUUCCAGCAAACAAAUGGGUAAUCGUGACACGAAGUCGACAAACACCAACGGCAGAAUCCAAUUAGAUCUUCUCCAGCUGGUACAGAGAGAUCAUCACCUGCGAAGUUAUACACUGAACUCCGUUUCCUACGAGUUUCUAGGAGAACAGAAGGAAGAUGUGCAUCACACAAUGAUCACCGAGCUAUAUAACGGCACCCCGGAUUCCAGGCGACGUUUAGCGGUUUACUGUUUGAAAGAUGCCUAUUUGCCACAAAGACUGAUGGACAAGCUCAUGUGCUUGGUCAACUAUACUGAGAUGGCAAGAGUCACGGGUGUUCCUUUCAACUUCUUGUUGUCACGAGGUCAACAGGUCAAGUUCAUCAGUCAGCUCUUCCGAAAGGCGCUGGAGCAACAGCUUGUCAUUCCCAACAUGAAAUCCACAGAUGAGCAGGACUAUGAGGGUGCGACUGUCAUUGAGCCUGUUAGAGGCUACUAUGGCGUACCAAUCGCUACUCUCGAUUUCGCAUCGCUAUAUCCUUCUAUUAUUCAAGCGCACAAUCUCUGCUACACCACAUUACUGAACAAGAAUAGUGUAGAGCGACUCAAGCUCAAAAAAGAUGAAGACUAUAUUGUGACACCAAAUGGAGAUAUGUUCGCUACAGCCAACGUUCGCAAAGGUCUUCUAUCGCAAAUUCUUGAGGAGUUGUUGACAGCUAGAAAGCGGGCAAAGAAGGAACUUGCCGUGGAGACUGAUCCAUUUAAGAAGGCAGUCCUGAAUGGAAGACAGCUUGCUCUGAAGAUCAGUGCCAACAGUGUUUACGGUCUUACGGGUGCAACUGUCGGAAAGCUACCAUGCUUGGCUAUCGCUAGUAGCACAACUAGUUACGGACGUCAAAUGAUCGAGAAAACGAAGCAGGAAGUUGAAGCCAGAUACACCAUUGCAAAUGGUUAUUCUCAUGAUGCCAAGGUCAUUUACGGAGACACUGACUCUGUUAUGGUCAAAUUCGGCGUUGAUUCUCUGGAGGAAGCAAUGAAGCUUGGACAAGAGGCAUCUGAGUUUGUCUCUUCGAAGUUCUUGAAACCCAUCAAGCUUGAAUUCGAAAAGGUCUAUUUCCCUUAUCUCCUGAUCAACAAGAAGCGGUAUGCUGGUCUGUAUUGGACGAAUCCCAAGAAAUACGACAAGAUGGACACCAAGGGCAUUGAGACUGUCCGCCGUGACAAUUGCUUGUUGGUGCAAAAUGUCAUCGAGACAGUGUUGCACAAAAUCCUGAUUGACAGAGACAUCGAUGGCGCUCAAGACUAUGUCAAGGACACUAUUUCGGAUCUUCUGCAAAACAAAAUCGAUAUGUCUAAACUGGUCAUUACGAAAGCCCUUUCAAAGGAUGCAUAUACAGCAAAGCAAGCACACGUGGAGCUUGCCGAGCGCAUGAGGAAGCGUGAUGCAGGUUCAGCACCUACUCUUGGAGAUCGUGUCGCAUAUGUCAUUGUGAAGGGUGCUGGUGGCUCGAAGAACUACGAACGAUCUGAGGACCCCAUCUAUGUCUUGGAGAACAACAUCCCCAUCGACACCAAGUACUACCUUGACAACCAGCUCGCUAAUCCUCUCGGCCGUAUUUUCGAGCCCAUUCUUGGAGAGAAGAAGGCCAAUCAGCUUCUGACUGGUGAACACACCCGAUCCAUCUCUGUCGCGGCACCGACUAUGGGAGGCUUGAUGAAGUUUGCGAAGAAGACCCAAACCUGCUUGGGCUGCAAGAAACCCCUGUCAGGGAAAGAAGAAAUGGCCGGUGCAGUGUGUGAGUACUGUCGUCCUCGUCUAGGUGAACUCUACACCAGAUCUUUGAACAAGGUCUCGGACCUGGAGGUCCGCUUUGGGCGUCUGUGGACGCAAUGUCAGCGGUGCCAAGGCAGUUUGCACUGUGAGGUUAUUUGCUCGUCUCGCGACUGUCCUAUUUUCUAUAUGCGAAUGAAGGCGAAGAAGGAUGUUGAAGACUCCCAAAAAGAGCUGGCUCGAUUUGAUUUUGAUGCUGGUGCAUGGUGAUCGAUGAUAUCUGGGCUUGGUAUUUGUUAAAGGGUUUGUAUAUCUACUUGAUCGUCUGCUUGGACCUGGGAGCAACGGCGUAUUGGAGAAUGGCUCGAAGUCAUGAUAGUCUUUAGAUAGCAUCACAGCCGGGUACGGCCAUUUUCUCUAGAGACUGAAUAAUUCACCUUAUAUUCUUG